CUCAGUCGAGCGGCCGGGUGCAAGCACGACCAGUUAGUUAUAGUGUAGAUGGGAGUGGCUGAAAAUGAAAGAGGGAACUGAAUGAAACAGAAAAGAUGCGCUCUGCCUCUGGAAGCAACCCGAGCAGACAGAGCAAUAGAGUGCUAUUGUCGUCAACACAUUUAGCCGCCGCAUAGGAUAUGUCGACAGGCAGCUAUUAUUUGUCCAUUGCAUAUGCAUUUUUUGUAUAGAUUUUUGCUAGUGAUUACAUUGUCCGGUUUAAAUUUUAACGCUUUAUUUUAGCAUGAGUCCAGGAGAACGGUUAACCCGAUUUGAUCUGAGUUCUGUAUAUUCCGGUCUGAGUCUCUAUUUGAUUGUCGUUAUAUGUUGUGUUGGGUCUUUUGUAUCCAAUCAAAACGCUGCUGCCGAGGAGCAGAGAUCGAGCCCUCAGGAGAACAACCACAGAAUAGAACACCUAGAGAGAUAUGAGAUUACAUAUCCACACUGGCUGCAGCCUGCAAGACACAGGAGGUCCAUCCAUGGAGAGAAGCAGCACCCGUCUGAGGCAGAGGUCCUCAUCACAGCUGAGGGAGAGGAGAUGACCCUCCGUCUGCACAGGAAUGAGCAGUUAUUGGCCCCCGGAUAUCAGGAGCUAUGGUACAGUCCCAGCGGUUCCCGCCAGACCUCCUAUCCACCCAGCACUGGCCACUGUUUCUACCAUGGUGACGUCCGGGGUGUGGAGGGGUCCAGUGUAGCACUCAGCACCUGCUCAGGUCUCAGGGGACUGGUUACGGUGAACACCAGUGUCAGCUACCUGAUAGAACCCCUGCCCGCUGUCUCCAUGGAUACACAGCCUCCUCACGCUGUGUUCCGAGCCGAGAACCUCCGUUUGCCCAACGGAACCUGCGGGCAACGCCAUAGCAACCAGGGCCAGGGGGAGGGGCUGGGUGACCUCAUCCAGGGUAUGAUGUCACCGUGGGGCGGAAGGGAGCGUAGAGACGUGGGCCAGAGUAUGAAGUAUGUAGAGCUGCUGCUGGUAGCUGACCAUGCUGAGUUUCAGAAGCACGGCGGGGACUUAAAUAGGACGAAAAGGAAACUGCUGGAGGUGGCUAACUACGUGGACAAGUACUACAAGUCUCUAAGUAUUCGUGUGGCAGUGAUCGGUCUGGAGGUGUGGUCUGAUCAGGACAGGAUCAGUGUGUCUGGUAACCCCUACAGUACCCUGGGAGCUUUCCUGGCCUGGAGACGCAAACAGCUACACACACUAGCUAACGACAACGCUCAACUCAUCACGGGCGUGGCGUUUCAGGGCACCACCAUUGGGCUGGCCCCUCUCAGAGCCAUGUGCUCAGAGUACCAGUCAGGGGGAGUCAACUCAGACCACUCUGACAGUGCUGUGGGAGUGGCAGCGACCGUGGCCCACGAGAUGGGGCAUAACUUUGGCAUGAGCCACGACAGCCCUGGGUGCUGCCAGGCCAAGGCUGAUGAUGGAGGAUGCAUCAUGGCUGCUGCCACUGGCCACCCGUUCCCACGUGUGUUUAAUGGCUGUAACCAGCGGGAUCUGAGCAGGUAUCUGAGCUCUGGAGGGGGGAAAUGUCUGUUCAACCUCCCCAACACCAGAGCCAUGCACGGGGGGCAGCGCUGUGGGAACGGGUACCUGGAGGAUGGAGAGGAGUGUGACUGUGGAGAUGAGGAGGAGUGUUCCAGUCCCUGCUGUAAUGCCAACAACUGUACUCUGAAAGCUGGAGCAGAGUGUUCCCACGGAGUCUGCUGUCACAACUGUAAGUUGAAGAGUCCAGGUGUGUUGUGUCGUACUCCAUCAGGGUCAUGUGAUCUACCCGAGUACUGUGAUGGGAAGGCGGAGUCUUGUCCUUCUAACUUAUACCUGGUGGAUGGUACUUCCUGUGCCGGAGGGCAGGCCUACUGCUACACCGGCAUGUGUCUCACCCUGGAGCAGCAGUGUCAAUCACUCUGGGGGCGGGACGGCCGUGCUGCUCCAGACCUGUGCUUUAGGAAGGUGAACGAGGCAGGAGACUCCUUUGGGAACUGUGGCAAAGACCUGCUGGGUAAAUACAGAGUAUGCAGAGACAGGGAUGCUAGAUGUGGUAAGAUCCAGUGUGUGAGUUCAGCCUCCAAGCCCCUGGAGACUAACGCUGUUCCCAUCGACACCACGGUCCGAGUGGGUAACGGGAAGAUCCUCUGUAGGGGGACACACGUUUACCGACCAGGCCAGGGGGAUGAGGAACAGGGGGACACACUGGACCCAGGACUGGUCAUGACUGGGACCAAGUGUGGAGAGGACUCGAUCUGUUUCGGAGGAGAGUGCCGCAACGCGUCUUUCCUGAGGGCGGAUGAGUGCAAUGCCAAGUGCCACGGCCAUGGGCUGUGUAACAACAAUCACCACUGCCACUGUGACUCAGGCUGGGCCCCUCCCCUGUGUGACCAGGAGGGGACAGGAGGGAGUGUCGACAGUGGCCCUGUCAUUAACCACAGCAGUAUACGUCCUGUCCUGUUGCUCCUCCCCUUGGUUAUCUUUGUCCUAUUGGCUGCUGUGGGACUGUGGUGCUGCUACAGCCAUAAACUACAUAAAAACUUUCCUCUCAAGACCUCGGUCCCACCACCCAAGACAAUUUGUCCUGCCAGUUGUUCAGUCCCUGCUGAAGCCAAACAUCUACAAGCCAACAGUCUUGCCAACGGUCACCUUGCCAACAGUCUUGCCAACGGUCACCUUGCCAACAGUCUUGCCAACAGCCAUGCCAACCCUACCUUCCUACUGAAGAGACAGGGCUCAGACAGGCUGAGUCAGUCCACACCUUGCCCCAGCCUCUCCACCAGGCACCCUGUCUUCUGUCCCACAGUUAAACCCCCUCCCAUACCUGCUUACAUAGCCCAGCAGAGACAGGCUCUAUCCCAGCCCCAACCCUCUGUUCAUCCCCAGCCUCAACCCUCUGUCCAGCCCAAGCACCAACCAUCCCUCCAGCCCAAGCUCCAACCAUCCCUCCAGCCUAAGCCCCAACCCUCUCUCCAGCCCCAUCCUCAACCCUCCCCCCAGCCCCAGCUCAAGCCUAAACCUCCUCCCAUCCCCAGCCACCUAGCCCAGCAGAAAGGAUCCCUCCAGCCCCUUCAUCCAGCCAUCCUGCCCCCCAGCCCCCAGUCCUCCCCCUCAACACCUCACACACACAGACCUGACCCCCCCAACAGACCCCCACCCCCCUGCCCGCUCUCCAAACCCCAAAUAUCAUCAGAUGUGUUACAGAGAGGAAAGUUCAAUCUGGCGCCACCUGGUGGACAGAAGAAACCCAGCAGAUCCCAAAACAUGAUCUCAGGGAGGAGAUGAGGACCAACACUGGACCACUGA